AUGAUGCAAAGUGAUGGUGCAAAAAAUUGGCAUAUUUUUUCUGAAACUCAUCAAGAACUUCAAACAUUACAAAAUAAUUUUUAUAAUUUACAAUCAUAUUUUAUAAAUACUAAUUUUGAGGAUUUUGAAUUAGAAAAUUAUAAUAAAAUUUUAGAAGAUAAAAAUGAUGAAAGUGAUGAGUUUUUAUUUAUUUCUAAAUAUCAAUUACAAAAAUAUUACCAAAUUUAUGAUAAAACUAAAUGUUAA